UAUACAAACAACACACACAUACAUACUCUCACGCACACGCAUGCACGUACAAGUAAAUGGGCGUAUUUUCUCAUUUCAGAUGGAGACUGUAAAAAACGGUGGAAGUAUAUACGGGAUUCAUACAAUCGAUUUAAACGCAAAAGAAAAAUGUCAACCGGAUCAGCUGCACCACCAAAAAAUUCUAAGUGGGAUUUUUUCAAGAGACUCCAAUUCUUAGAACUGGUUUCAACAGAAAGACCUACUGCAUGUAAUGUUGAUUCAGAUUCAGCAGUCCCGUCAACUUCAAAUUCACCGGCAAACGCACAGUUUGAGACUCAGAAUGAAAACAGCGAAGGUUGUCCAAAUGAAGCAUCGCAGUCCUCUAAACCACCGCCUCCACGACGAAAAAGACGCAACAACAAUCUUGAUGAUAUUCUUGAUUAUCUCGUGAAACGGGACGAAAGCCGGCAAAUUGCAAUGAAACAGUUAAGUGCCAACACUGCUACAGAAAUUGAAGACGAUAUUGCUUCAUUUGGGAACCACGUAAAGGCUGUGUUGAGGAAACUACAUCCACGUUUGAAAAUACAGGCUAAGAACGACAUAUAUAACAUUUUAAGUAAAUAUGAAGUGAUUCACAUGGACAUGCAAGAAGCAACAUCAGUGACAAGUGGGAUGUCCAACCAAACUAUAUCUGAGGUAUCAGCAUAUUCUCCUACAAGUACUGCCUCGACCCCCCAACCAACUUAACGGUCCAGACACAGUGUACUACACAGAAUGAAGACAAUUAUGAUAUUUGUGACAUAAUUAGCAAUAAUACAAUAUAAGAAACUUACCGUAACGUGAGUGACAGUUUUUCUUGUGGUUAUAUCCCCUUUUGUUUGUAUGUUUUUUUGUAUUAAACUCAGUACGUAACCAAA